CGCCCCCCCGCUGGGUCGGGCCUGACCGGAGCGCGCGGAGCCGAGGCAGCUACCGGAUGACAAGCAGAGUUGGCAGCAAAGAUAAGGAAGGAGUCAAGCAGCCCAAGGUAAUGGCAGAACAGAUCAACCCUGGCCUGUUUUCACUGUGAUGCUUCCUGAGAAGAUGGAGACAUCCAGAGAGGAAGAGAUACAGUUUAUAACUGAUGAGAAAUUUGACUUUGGUCAGCUCUCCCCUUCCGACAGCCGGGAGGAAGAAUGCCUCGGUGCGGAGGAAAAGGAGGGAGUCUUUGCCGGACCUGUCCAGCAGGUUGAAAGAUUCGUGGCGCAAAGAAUUGACCCGAAUGUUGUGAAGGAGGAGGGCAUUGGCCCCAGAAGAGAGCACCAGCUGAACUGGAGCCCACUGAGCCCUGAGAAGUUGGAGGAGAUUGUGAAGGAGGCCAACUGGCUGGCCACGCAGCUGGAGGGGUGCCACCUGCCGAAGGAGAAUGCGCGUGCCUCACCCCGGGAGGAGACAGAGCUGAGCCUUGGCGGGGAGCCCCGAGCCCCCAUCAGGUUCUUGUCCAAGGAGCGGGAGAGUCCCAGAAGCCCCCGGCGCGAGACCUUCGUGGUGAAGAACAGUCCUGUCAGGGCGCUGCUGCCAACAGUGGAGCUGGGGACGCUCCUCUCAAAAGGGAAGAGCCCUUCUCCCCGCACCGCCGUGGCACCAGCUCAUGCCCGGCUCCGACACAGAGCGGGCAGCCGCCUGGCUGGGGGUGAAAGGCCCUGGAAGGAAUCGACCCCCAGCAAGGCGCAGCCCCCACAGAGACUGGCCGGCAGUAAAAAGCCGAGCUUCCAGGACAACCCCAAUAGACGCACAUCGCCUUCAAUAAGAGUGAAAGAAGCAAGAGGACCCAGGUCAUCGCCCACCCAGCCCCGUCUCAAGCAGGAGCUUUCCUCACCCAGAGGGAAAGCAGAGUCCCUGCAAAUUGUUAAUACAGGUCCAGCUAAGCCCUGUGGGGGCAACUCCUCCCAGCUCCCAACCAGCUCCAGACCCACCGCGACAUCCACCUGCCAGGCGCGGGCUAGGAGCACAGCCAUCCCCAUCCCUGCCAGCCGCCUCCCAGUGCCCACCGCUGUUCCCAAACCAGCCAGCCGAGUUAUUUCCCUGAGCCAGGCUGCAGUGCCAAGGAAAUCCAGCCAGCCACAGUUCCUGGGCCAGGGGUCUGCUGGGGCAAAGGGGCUCCUGAGGCCCAGUGCAUCCGGACAGCGAGUCUCUGUAACCCAGCGGACAACCCCUCAAGGUGCUCUCCAUGGCAGCAAGCUAGAGCCACCCAAGAAGGUGACUGUAGCCAGCCGCCCAAGGUAA